AUGGACACCACGGAGGGACAUGAGUUCUGCGUUCCGUGGCUGAACUCCUCCUGCAGGAAGCCCACUCACCCCCACACCGAGGCCAUGCUCAUCUAUGUCUUGCUCUCAACCAUCUCGUUCAUCACUGUGGCUCUCAACCUUCUCAUCAUCGUCUCCAUCUCCCACUUCAGGCAGCUCCACACCCCCACCAACCUCCUCCUCCUCUCUCUGGCUGUCUCCGACCUCCUCGUCGGUCUCCUGCUGAUGCCUGUGGAAAUCAUCUACAUUGAGUCCUGCUGGUUCCUCGGAGACAUCAUUUGCACUCUCUAUUAUGUUGUUGACUACAUCAUUACCUCUGCCUCAGUAGCCAACAUGGUUCUCAUUUCUCUUGAUCGGUACAUAGCUAUCUGUGACCCUCUGCGUUACCCCACCAAAGUCACAAUAGAAAAAGCAAAGAUCUACGUCUGCUUGAGUUGGGUCUGCUCUGUUUUUUACAGGGUUAUCCUACUGCACGAUCAACUGAUGAAUCCAAGCAGCUCUAACUCCUGCUUUGGAGAGUGCGUGGUGAUCAUCAGUUACAUUGCAGGGAUGAUUGACCUUGUUUUCACUUUCAUCAUACCCAUCACUGUCAUCAUAGUCCUGUACCUUAGAGUGUUUGUGGUGGCCAUGUCUCAGGCUCGAAGCAUCCGCUUUCAUGUGGCUGCCCAGCAACGGGGGACGGUAACUGUGAAGAAGACAGAGAUGAAGGCAGCCGGGACCCUCGGCAUCGUUGUAGUGGUGUUUUUGUUCUGCUUCUGUCCUUAUUAUUUCCCCACUCUGGCAGGGGAGGACACCUCCAUAGAUGCGUCGUCUGCAGCUUUUGAGAUCUGGUUAGCUCAUUUCAACUCCUGUCUGAAUCCUGUCAUUUAUGCCUUCUUCUACCCAUGGUUCAGGAAAUCCAUUAAGCUCAUUCUGUCACUUCAGAUCCUGAAGCCUGGCUCCCGUGACAUGAAACUAUUUACUGACUCGAAAUAGGUAAAAUGUACAUGUCUGUGCCCCUGAGCUCUAGGUUCAAGUUAUUGUUUACUUGAAUGCUGCAUGUAUCUUAACAUCUUGAUUAAUAUGGAGUAAAGUCAUACAAUCAAAAUGAUUUUAUUAGUAUAUCUAUUGUGCAGUAGCACUUGAAUGUAGUUUUCCCUCGUCUGAGACCAGAGCUCGUAUU